UUUUGAACUACAGAAUGGAUAAAGAAAUUUGUUAGACAGAGAAAAUACAUAUAAUAGUGGCGAUAAAUUAUUAUAGCGAGGAGUAUGAUUGAUUUACCGUAGUUGGGUUGAUUAGUAGCAGUAAAUAUUCGGUAGUCGUCAUGAACCCAGAUCUCAAGUAAUCAAUUUAUCAAAACUGAAAGGAGAUAAAAAGCAUUUCACAAAGGAUUUACAAGUGGUUUUCACUAGACGUCCAGGUAGAGAAGAGGGAGAGGGGUUCCAUGGGUUCUAAUCAAAAGCAGCCACAUGCAUUGGUCAUAUCAUUCCCAGCACAAGGACAUAUUAAUCCUAUGCUAAAACUUGCCAAAAUCCUACAUUCCAAAGGCUUUCUUAUCACCUUCGUCAACACCGAGUUUAACCACCAGCGCCUCCUUAGAUCGCUGGGCUCUAACGUCAUAUGCGGCCUCCCUUCCUUCUGCUUCGAAACCAUUCCGGAUGGCCUCCCUUUGCCAGAGAGCCUUGAUGACACUCAAGAUAUUCCAUCCCUAUGCAGGUCUAUCGAGGAAACUUGUUUGGGUCCGUUUAAAAGUCUCAUUGCCAAAGUCGGUGCUUCCUAUACACCAGUGACUUGCAUAGUCGCUGACGCGAUGAUGAGCUUCACCAUGGAUGCCGCUAGGGAAUUGGAUGUCCCCGAGAUACUCGUAUGGACCAGUGGAGCUGGUUCAAUGAUAUGUAUCUAUGAUCAGUUUCCUUAUCUAUUAAAGAAAGGUUUGAUGCCACUCAAAGAUUCCAGUUUUCUAACAAAUGGGUAUCUGGAUACUAUCAUAGAUUGUAUACCAUGUUGCUUAUCCGGAAUGCGCCUGAGAGAUAUUCCACCAUGCAUUAGAAUGAUCAAUCCUGGUGACGACUAUAUGGUUAAAUUUAUAUGUUUACAAGUAGAGAGAGCAAAAACAUCUUCUGCCAUCAUUUUUAACACGUUUGACGAGCUAGAUCGUGACAUUUUGGACACAAUUUCUGCAACAUAUCCUCCAUGUUAUGGAGUUGGUCCAUUUAACUUACUGGAGAAGACGAUUGUUGAUGAAUCUCUGGCAUCCAUCCAAUCAAACCUUUGGAAAGAAGAUCAAGGAUGUUUAAAAUGGCUAGACUUGAAAACAUCAUCAUCGGUCAUUUAUGUCAACUUUGGUAGCAUCGCCGUGAUGACAUCUCAACAACUAAUUGAGUUUGCUUGGGGUCUUGCGAAAAGUGGCCAUUCGUUCUUGUGGAUUAUACGUCCUGACCUUGUUAUUGGCGAGUCUGCUGUUCUUCCCUGUGACUUUGCAACGGAAACUAGAGAAAGAGGGUAUUUUGCUAGUUGGUGUCCACAAGAACAAGUUCUAAAUCACCCUUCAGUAGGAGGGUUUUUAACGCACAGUGGAUGGAACUCGACGAUUGAAAGCAUUUCUAGUGGAGUGCCAAUGAUUUGUUGGCCGGUUUUCGCUGAACAACAAACGAAUUGUUGGUCGAGUUGCAACAAAUGGGGUGUUGGAAUGGCGAUAGACAAUAACGUGAAGAGUGAUGAAGUUGCUAAGCUUGUGAUUGAGUUGUUGAAUGGAGAAAAGGGAAAGGAAAUGAGGAAGAAAGCAAUUGAAUGGAAGAAGAAGGCUGAGGAGUCAUGUGUUGUUCCGUCUGGAUCAUCCAUAGCUAACCUCAAUAAAGUUAUUCAUCUACUACAAACAUCUUCAAAGUAGUUUAUAAUCUAAGAUGUAGAUAAUUAAUUGUUAAGAAUUAUCAUACAUAAAUAUCUUUAUAUAUGAAUAAUAGUUUGCCUGUAUUUUAUUA